AUCUGAUGAGAGAGAUCCCAGCUUCUUUUGGAAAUAUUUCAAAAAAGAUACUGCAGACGUUUACGAGAUGUACAGCCGGAACGGUGAUAGUAACCUUUGACGAGUAUUUCUCACCCUCAAUCAAGGACAAUGAACACACGUUGCGAGGUACAAACCGAAGUCAAAGGUAUCAAAUAAAGGGUCCCGAUCAAGUCCGGCCUGCAGACUUUCUAUCCGAGCUGAGAAAUAUUAAUUUUAAGGAGAGCUUGGUGUCUUUUUUGAUCGAAGACUGGAAAAACCAAGAGAUGGUGACAUUCUUCAAAAAUAAAACAGUUUAUGUUAACUAUAAAAAUUGUUACAAAUUUUUGGAAGUUAAUGGAGCUGUUGUUAGAACAGAAGACGAAAAUAAAGCAUGUCCUGCACACGAAGAAGCCGACACUAAAGUCAUUUUCCACGCCUGUCAAGUGGAGCCAGAUUCGAAUGUUCUUAUUCGCUGUUCCGAUACGGACAUUCUCGUCAUUGCACUUGGAAACAUGCAGCACUUGAAAGAAAAUGUAAGACUUUGGCUGAAAGUUGGCGUUGGUAAUGCAGAAAGGUUCAUCAACGUGUCGAAGCUCUACGAAUCAUUGGGACCAGAUUUAUGUCAAGCUCUUCCAGGAUUCCAUGCUUUCACAGGAUGUGACUUCAACCCUGCAUUUUUCAAAAAAGGCAAGAAGCGGCCGCUUACAAUUCUUCAAAACUCAACUGAUUUCAUCGAAGCCUUCUCAAAACUGAAGAACUAUCCAGACAUCGAAACACAGAUAUUUGACAUACUAGAAAGAUUUGUUUGCUGCAUAUACGGACUUAAAAAGUUUACUGACGUCAACGAAGCCCGGCUUUCAAUUUUUGCCAAAUCCUUUAAAUGCAACGACAUUGAAGAGACGUUCAAAAUUAAAACAAAAAACUUUGAUGGCUCAAUUUUGCCACCCUGCAAGUCGGAGCUGCGCCAGCAAAUUUUGAGAUGUGCUUACAUCUCAAGUAUAUGGAGUAAUGCAUACCGCCAAAAUCCCACCGUCCUCUCUCCUUCUAACUGUGGAUGGCAAGAAAUAAGGGACAAAUUGGAGUUUAGGUGGUUUGAAGGUGACCAAUUACCAACUUCGGUCAGCGAAGUUUUGAUUAAGGAUCAUUCAAACAUUAAUGAUUCAGACGCAAAUAUCCAAAUUGACAACGAAGAAUAUGAUGAAGAAACUACCCACAACCAAGUCAGCACUAGCGAAGAUUCUGAUGAAGAAGAUAUUUCAUGUUUAAUGGAGUCAUUCAGAAGUGGCGAAGAUGUGCUGUCCAGCAUUUUUGACUAAAUUAUUAUCUUAUAACGUUUUGAAAACAAAUUAAAACCAAAACUAAAAG